AUGUCCGAGGAGGAGAAACCUUCUACUCCCAGCAAACCCCUGGUUGCGCCAAACAGCCCUCGGGCCGAGUCGCCUACCACUGCGCGACCCUUAGACUUUGACGAUGAACCCCAGGAGUCCGGUGUGACAUCGGUUAACAACACUCCUUCGCAAAAGACCGCCACCGAAACCCCCCCCGCUGCCCCGCCAAAGCCACCGCGACCUCUGGGCCCGAAGGAGCACGCAGAGAACACACUCAAAGAAGCCUUUCCCACAAUUGAUGCUGGGGUAGUUAAGGCAGUGCUGACUGCAAGUAAUUGGAAUGUCGAGCGAGCAUUUAAUGCCCUUCUUGGCAUGACCGAUCCCACUGCUCAGGAGGAUAUGGUCCCUCCCCCCAAACCUCCUCGCCCUACUCAGACCCAAGCUACCUCUACUACUCAGAGACAAUUGGAUGCCGACGAACAGUAUGCGCGUCAACUGGCGGAGCACUAUAACUCCCGUCGCGGACCAGCGCCUGGUUGGCAGAAUGAUCCCCGUUAUCACCAGCCACGAGGAAGCGAAGAGUCGGAAGAGAAGGAAUACAGCUUUUUUGAUGAUGACUUACCCGUGAUUCGUGAUAAUCUUCGCAAAGGAUUCCUGGACACACAGUCCAAGGUAAAUUCAUGGGUUACGAAUUUUAAAAAGAGACUCGAUGGAGAUGAAGAAGAUGGAGAGUCUAGUCAUGAUCAUGAGCAACCUUCACCGUACGGACGACCGCGACGAAGCGGCGAGAUGGGUCGCCGCAGUGGUGAUCGGGAACGCUAUGAUGCAGACCCCCAGGUGCUGGGUGAUGAUUUCUCUGCUCUUGAACUGAGAGAUUCCGAAGCUCCCCCGGCCCGUCCUCCCCGUCCCCUAGCCAACCAGAACCUCAAGAAGACCUCGUCCCCCUCUCCCGACAGGCGCAAGGUGUCCUUCCAGGAUGGACCACCUACCGAGAUUGACACUGGACGCAAUGCAUCAAGCGCUGGCAAGUCGAGCAAGUGGCAGCCCUUGGCAACUGUCGAGCCUUCUCCAGUAGCAGAAAAUGACCCAUUUAGCCUGGGAGAUAGCGAUGAUGAGAAGGAAACUAAGACUAAGGAACAGAAUACUGUCCCCGAGAGUGAUCAACUCAAGCAGGCGACAGCGGAGGCUAUGUCUGACGAGAUAGGCUCUAAGGAUAAAGACAAUAAGGCGGAGUCAUCAUCAAAGUAA